AUGGCCUCCAACUCUUCGUCAUCAAUAUCCCGGCCGUGGGUACUGGCGGCCACGGGCUUUGUCGCAGCAUACACCUCGUAUGUGAUCUGGUCAAACUGGCCCUCACAUGAAGCACCUUCCAACUUGCGACGACGUGGUGCUGUCAGAAGCCGCCAUAAUACGCGACCUCAGACAAGAAUAUGGACUUCAGAUUCUUCGGAACCCUCCCUUCCUUUUGGCCUAGUUCACGUUGACUUCGAAGGCAGUGAGUAUCGUCCCCUAGCUUUGNUCGUUAGAUUCCCAAAUGGACCCGAGCCACCUACAGUUGUCGAAAUUGCUGAAGCUUUGAAUCUUCCAUCUCACAAUGCCUACGACGUUACUCUCAAGAUUCAGGAAACUGCUCUCAAACACAUUUUUCGAAUCCUCGUUCAACCUGCCGAGGAAUUAUCUACCCAACAAUCAGACGCGAUUAGAGAUCUCCAGGAACUGGCUCCCNUUUUGCGACAACCAAACAUUAAUGAGCUGCUUGCUAGAAUCCACAUCUUAUGUUCGGGGCUCUGGAAAUUCCAUCAAGCCGCUGUUGCCAGAGCCUUUGCUGAGCAUUGCGGUCUUGAUCGUAUGCCUCUCGUUCCUGACGAUGCGGACCUCGCCAUGACUGAAACCGCCGCUGAUUCGGACCGUGAGGACGACGCAGAACCUGCACAAGGGNUAUGUGAAAAUCUCCAUGCCGGUCCAACUUCUACCAUAACUGACUGUACUAGAAUCAAGGCUGUUGUAUACCACAUAGCAGAGGAGAAGACUAUGCGCCAGCUGUACGUCCAUACUGGUAUUAGAUGUGAACAGUGUGGCCAGUAUCCCAUACUUGGAGUCCGCUGGCAUUGCAACAACUGCCCAGAUUUUGACUUAUGUUCAACCUGUGAAGCGCAACCCAUGCAUCCGAAGACCCAUGUUUUCUCGAAGAUCAAAAUUCCUAUCUCCUUCCUUGGCCAGAACCACCAGGUCCAAGACGUUUCUUAUCCUGGUGAUCCAAUGGCGCAAUGGCCAGCCUUGAGGACCUCACUCAAGAAGCAGUUGGCUGUUGAUUCGGGCUUUGAAGACCUCGAAAUCCAGGUCUUCUAUGAUCAGUUCGGAUGCAAAGCUAACGUUGCCUACCCGGGACUUACCAUGUCCCCAACAUGGAAGAGACCCGCGGAGCCCAAUGUUUUCUACGAUCGCAUGUUCAGCUUCUAUGAUACUGACCAUAACGGGCUUAUCGGCUUCCNNAAAGACGCUAAGUACGCCAUCCAGAAGAAACUGGUUGAAGACACAAUUCGAGCCGCAGAGAUUGACAUGGUUACUUAUACCGCGAACAUCGUUCGGUCGAGUCAGCCCAUCAGCGCAGCUUUCGCGCAAGAAGAUGUUCCUCCUGGACAGACGAGACCACCGACCAUGAAACUGAUCGAUCGGUUUGGCGAGAGUCAGGUACAGCCAAACGCUGGACCAUUCGCAUCUGCUGUAUUACCGGACGGCCUGGAACUCCCGGACUCUAGCCUCGUGGGCGCGAUAGCUCAUCGUUACGGUGUGGAUGCCUUACCAGACAACGUAAAUCAGAAUGACACUUUGUCGGUGGAACAGCUCACAGCAUUUACCAGCAGCCUUAAUAGGUCUGACAGUGUGGCGAUAGAUGGCAUACAGGAGGGAGAAGAACCAAGAUUCUUGGUCGACACCGACUUUCGUCAGAUUCGCAGUCGAUCUUCACCUGAUGAGCCUCAACAAAGAUGGCGCCAGGAUCUUGUAGACGCAAGUCGAGGAGAAUCGGUAGCUGUGAGGGGUGAUGCGGACCAGGAACCGCUCUCAGAUGGCGAAGCUAUGCUUCCUCCUCUGCCCGCCGAUAUACUUGAGAGAGGACGUGCCUACGAGGUUCCUGCAGCCGAGAAAGACUUUGGCUCGGAAGUCAUCUUUCAGGUUGUCCAGGAAGGGCUCAAUGAGCUAAUUGAUCCAAUCUUUGCAAAGAAGGAAAGACUGGCGGAACAGGUCCGAGCUACACAAGAAGAACGACGUCGCUUCCGUCAAGAGAUCGAUGAGUACGUCCAAGAGGCAAAGUCUCGUCAAGAAGAACUUAUAGCGGGAUCCGAAGUGGAUCCUUUGAUGGCUAUCGCGAAUGCUGCGAACAGCACGGAGCACUAUGAUCAUGAACGAAGACUUGUUGCAGCGGCAUUCGGAGUCACGCUUCCCCAGUUUGAGGCGAUCGAUGGAAGUGCGAGAUUGCCGACACCACGAGAGAUUGCUAUGGACCUUCAAGAACAUAUUGUUCAGCAAAGCCAAGCGCUCGAUGAUAACCUUGAGGACCUGGAAUCAAGCAUCCGAGAACAAUCCCUUGAUGAUCUUCUGGCACAAUCAGGGUACAUUGUUGAUUCCACGAGCGAUGCAGCACCUGCGUCUGAGGAUCAGCAGGAAAGUACUAACUCAGAUACAAACGAGCAUCAGUCCAGUAUACUCGACGACAUGCUCUCGGAUCUACCGGCGCUAGAAGACAUUCCGGUUGACGAGAAUCAUGAUUUGCCACAUACUUCUACCAACCACUCACCUCCGACACAACACCUCCAAGCUCCUUUCUCAACACCAGACAUGGACUCUUCAGCACCCGUGUUUGCGCCAUUCCGGCCUAAUACGGUAGAACAGUCCAACCCGCCAUCACAAGAGAGACUGAGAGAGUUAGCUCGUCUUGACGAAGAAGAGAAGAAUAUA